UUAAAUAUGAAUGCUUUUUCCAAUGAUGGUAGUUUUAUGGAGCAAUUCUUAAAAAGACAGAGAGUCAAUGAAGAUGGAUCAUCAGCAGGUGUAGGUCAAGACGAACAAAACCAAUAUAGUGAUCAAGGUUAUAAUGGAGGAUAUAAUGAUUAUUAUAAUAACCAACAACAACCAGGUCAAGAUGGAUAUAAUGAUUAUUAUAACAAUAGCAGUAACAAUAGUGGCAAUAGUAGUUAUCCACCACACCAGCAACAAUCUUCUUAUCAAUCACAUACUCAGCCACCACCACCAUAUAAUAAUAGUUUACCACCACAUUUACAAGGUAGCGGUAAACCAACAGAGCCAACUAAAAUUGUUUGGGCAGGAAACGUUCAUCCAGAUUCAAGUGAAGAUGAAAUUCGUGGAUUGUUCUCACAAUUUGGAUAUAUUCAAGCAAUUAAAAUUAUACCAGCAAAACAAUGUGCUUUUAUUACAUUUGGUGAUGUAAAUGCCGCAAUUGCAGCACAAUAUAAUUUAAAUGGUACACCUAUUAGAGGUUACCCAUUAAAAUUGGGCUUUGGUAAAGUAGAAAAUGCACCAGCAGCUUUCCAACAACAACAACAACAACCACACUUUAAUAAACCACCACAUCAUUUACAAGAAGAAGUACCAACUAAAAAUUUAUGGCUCGGAAAUAUUGGACCAAGUGUAACAUCAGAAACAUUAAAACAAUUGUUUGAUCAAUUUGGAAAUGUUGAUAAUAUUCGUAUUUUAGUAGGUAGAGGUUGUGCAUUUGUUAAUUUUUUUACAGUUGAAUCAGCAAUAGCAGCAAGAAAUAAUUUAACUGGCACUAUGGUUUGUGGUAUGCCAUUAAAGAUUAAUUUUAGAAAAGAGGAUGAAAGUUAUAAAUCUAGAUUUGGAGGACCACCAACACAAGGCGAUGACCAAUCACAACAACCAUCACAAUUACCACCAGGUAGACCAGGUAUGAGACCACCACGUCCACCAAGAGAAAACCAAAUUCCUUUACCAGCACCACCACCACAAAAUCCAUCAGAGCAACAAAUUAUUGAUAAAUUCGCAGAAUAUGUUCAUAGAGUUGGACCACGUUUAGAAACCUUUACAGCAGAUAAGCAAACUAAUAAUCCAUUAUUCUCAUUUUUAAAACCACGAAGCCCAACUAACGAUUAUUAUAAAUGGAAAUUAUGGACCAUCAAAAAUCCAGAUACUCAUUCAUCAACCACCACAACUAGCGACACACCAAAUCAAAAUUCACCAACAAAUAAUAAUAAUAAUAGUACUAAUAAUAAUAACCAACAACAAUCAAAUUAUCCACAAACUUAUUUAACAGAUAGCGAGGUCGCAGAGUUUAAAGAGAUUUUAUCAUCAUUAACAACAAGUAGACAAUCUAUUACAAAUUGUAAAAAUUGGAUCAUGGCUCACAGCGCAAAUGCAUUAGAGGUUAUAUCAUUAGUUGUUGUAUAUUUUCAAGAUAAUCAAAAUUUACCAUUCCCACAAAAGUUAAAUAUUCUCCAUGUAUUAAAUGACUGUCUUCACAAUAGCUCUUCUAAACGUCCAACCCCAGAUGAUUGGGUUUCUGAUGAAUUUGCCCGUAACAUUAAAGAGUAUUUACCAUUCAUUGUCGGUACAGUUGCAAGUAAUGAACCACCAGAAAAUCAAGAAAAAGUUUUUAAAGUUUUAUUAAUUUGGGAAAAUCAAAAGUUUUAUGAUACCCAAUUUAUCGAUUCUUUAAAAAGCGAAGCAACAGAUGAAGAAAACGAAUAA